AUGGAUGCCAACAACACCAGUCCUGACAACUUAUUGCCGAGUAAUUUCUGGGGUAAGUACAUAUCAGUAUGUGACUUAUAAUUAUUUUCAUUUUUAUAUUCUCUCUGAAUUCUGUUUCUGUGAUACAAUUAUGUUGUCCAUUAGAUGAUGUCGUUCUAACGUGUUCAUUAUACAUUUUUGUUAUAAUAUUUUACAGUAUAUUUUGUAACAGGCAUAUCUGCAAACACGGUAAACCCUAAUAUUUUGCUAUCCCAUUUUCCCUGCCAAGUUUCAUUGAAUGCGUUCAACAUUUUAACAACCAUGAGAAAAACUAUACGCUAUUUAUUGUUGUUUUGCUUUGAGCCAAUUACUGACGAAAGAAUCAGCCAAUUAUUAAGAAAACUUUGUUGAGAGGUUUGACUAAGGAUUUUUGAUCAUUACAACGCUAAGUUCAGAAUUACUACCAGCCCUGGUUACAUUUUUCAAUACUAUAAAGAAGUUGUGUGUGUGUGUGUGUGUGUGUGUGUGUGUGUGUGUUUGCUUGGUUUUCUAGACUGGGGCAAGUUUUUCCACGUUCCUGGGCUUACUGGCAUCAUUACUAUUAUUCUACUAGAUCAACAUGGAACAUCCAUUUCUUUUUCAAACCCCAGGAUAUGGAAAAAGCACAGCCCCUCCCCUGUGUCAAUAGCAUCAGGCAUUCCAGCUACUUUAGCAUGAACUGUGAAACGGGAACAGCCUGCCCUGUUUUCCCUUGACAUAAGUCUAUUUAAGUGUCAAGUGAGAUGAUGUCAAGAAACAUGGGCAGUGUGCUUCCACCAUAAACUGUUAAAUGAUGCUCCUAUCCCACAGAGACAUUUGUUUGGGGCCCUUAUCUUUGUGAAUUUCUCACUUCUCUGGUAGCUGCCUCCUUGAGGAUAGUGUUUCCCUUAUGCAGAUUCUCCUUCAUUUUGGGAGAGGAGCCCCCCCCAUCCCCAGCAUCACAUAUCCUUCAGGGAUCUGGACAGGCCCGAUUUAGGUUUGAUGAGGCCCUAAGUUACUGAAGUUAAUGGGGCCCUUUGUAUGUCCAGCUGUCCUUUGUCAACAAAAAAUUGCAGCUGGUUUUUUGUGUUAAAUAUAUGCUAUAUGGCAGUCAUGUCCAACCAGUCGAUCACGAUUUACUGGUCGAUCACGGGGUGUCUGUGGUCACUCGCAGUCAAUCUGGUGAUCCUGAUCGAUCCCCCCCCAAAAAAACUCCUCAAAGAAAGCUCAACAACUUUGGUCAAUCCAAUGGUAGAUCACUGCCAGUAUUUUUAUAGUGGGAGUAGAUUGUAGUCUCUUGGGAGUUGGACAUGCCUGUUUUAUGGAAAUUUAUGGACCUAAUAGGUAUCUAAAGCCAUUUGCACGCUGUCAGGUGCUGGUGGUGGUUGCUCGUGAGUAACCAGGCAGGACUCCGUCCUAUCUUUUACAGGUUUUAUUGGUGCAAACUAUUUACAGUGCAGAACCACUGUCCGCCUUAGUCACUUGCAGAUUCUGGGAGUGGCCCCUUCCAGCUUCUCCCCCAACAUAAGAACUUAGACACCCUAAAUCUCCGCCUCCCCUCCUUACGUUUCACCCCUCUGCGCAGGCUGGGUGAUGGAAACGGCAUGUCUGCUUCCUGGAUAGCUGGGCUUGGGCUCUCAGUAGCAUCUUUGAGCCCUCCCCUUGCUUGGCUGCCCCCUCCCCCACCCCUGCUCCACUGGAGGUGUGGCUUUCGCCACCAUUGGAAGAGGCACUGAUCCCCAGAAGUGUCUGAAGCUCUCUGUAUCCCCCCUGGCUCCCUCCUCUGUUCUGAUGGCAGUUCCCUGACACACAUGCAGAAUGUAGGCACCCUAUACAGUGGUACCUUGGUUUACAACCAUAAUCUGUUCUGGAGGUCCGUUUGUAAACCAAAACAGGUUGUAACCCAAGGCACGCUUUCACCAAUGGGGCCUUCCCCCACCAAAAAAGGGUCGUAAUCCAAAAAAAGGUUGCAAACUGGGACACACACUUCCAGAUUUGACGUGUUUGUAAUCCAAAAUGUAUGCAAACUAAGACGUAUGCCAACCAAGGUACCACUGUACAUAGAAAUGAGCAAACCAGUGAUAUUUUAGGGAGCAGGCUAGCAGGCAGGGAUAUUUACAUCAUAGGAGCCUACACAACACAAAACACUGUUGCUGUAUGUAGGUUUUAUUUUAUUUGUUUUUUAUCUUAUAUUUUAGAAAUGUACAUCAUUUUUUUUCUUUAAUUUUUUUGGGGUCCCCCAAGAGAGUGGGGCCCUAAGCUAAAGCUUGCUUAGCUUAUACAUAAACCCAGCACUGGAUCUGGAGCAGUUUGAGAAUUACUGUCCUAAAGGCAUGGGGGUUUUGAGAUCAGAGGUAUCAACAGCAACUGUGAUUAUCCUAGGUUCGAGGAGGAACAUAGAUUCAGUCAGUAUGAUACCCAGAGAGGCAUAGAACCCAAACUUUUAGAGAGUUGGACUAGGACCUGGGAGACAAGGGUUCAAAUCCUCACCUGGUCAUGAAAUCCACUGGGUAACUUUGAGCCUGUCUCUGUCCAUCAGCCCAACCUACCUCACGGGGUUGCUGUGCAUAUAAAAUGGAGAGUGGGAAAAAUGUGUUUGCAGAGGUGGAUUUAGGGGAGCGCAACUAGUUUGCCUGGACUGGGCACUGAGUCAAGAGGGGGAUGCCACAAUAAGAAAAGGAAGGUGAGAGGCAGGGGUGGGGAACUUAUUUUGGCAUUGCACAGGGAAUCACUGAAAUUUGAAAGCCCCAGGUCCUUCACUGGUAUAUGCACUUCUCACUUCUCUCUAUUCUGCAUUCAAGAUAUUCUCGACUAGGGUAGAGGCUUGUUAGAAGUAGAGCCACACACCCUUUCUGGAAACACUUUGGAAAAUACCAUGAGGGACUCUCUGCUGAGGGUCUGUAGGGAAGGAGGCAAUCUUGCAGAUAUUUGGGACCUAAAUCAGUUUUUGGGCUUGAGCUAACCCUUAAUUUCCCUGGGAACAAAACAUGCAUCUGGGACCUUUAAAGAGGGAUGAACUCAGUAACGGAGUGAUAGAGUCCAGAGCAAUUUACCCACCUGAACAAUUAGGAGUUUUGUCAAUUUCUAAAGGGUAAAGUGUAGGGACGUGGGUGGCACUGUGGGUUAAACCACAGAGCCUAGGACUUGCCGAUCAGAAGGUUGGCGGUUCAAAUCCCCGCGAUGGGGUGAGCUCCUGUUGCUCGGUCCCUGCUCCUGCCAACCUAGCAGUUCGAAAGCACGUCAAAGUGCAAGUAGAUAAAUAGGUACCGCUCUGGCGGGAAGGUAAACGGUGUUUCCGUGCGCUGCUCUGGUUCGCCAGAAGCAGCUUAGUCAUGCUGGCCACAUGCCCUGUCUGCUGACAAACGCCAGCUCCCUUGGCCAGUAAAGUGAGAUGAGCGCCGCAAUCCCAGCGUCAGUUAUGACUGGACCUAAUGGUUAGGGGUCCCUUUACCUUUACCUUUAAAGGGUAAAGUAGUUACCCAUUAUUUUUAUUUUUGGUGACAAAAGUAGCAGUCAAAAUGUAGUGGGAGGAAUACUGUGCCAUAUUCAUAAUACUAAUAAAAGAAAUCCACCCGUCAUUCACAUUGCUACUGAAACCAGCAUAUUGUAAAUGUGCUGGAAAUAUUUGUUCACAUAUGGCAGGAAAAGGAAGUUGGAGUUCAAUGUAUAAUGUUAAAAUAAACAAAUUCACAGCCUUUCUUUUCAGCUACAUCUUUCCCAGUCACAAAGCCAAAGUUUUGUUGACCAAAUUUUUAAUGCAUUCUGCAAAUGUUACAGGAUAUUUUGCUGAUUGCAAUGUCUGCUGAAUUUCCGUUUUUUGUAAGGAACACCUGAAGCAACUUGGCUCCACAUCAGGCAUCAGGCUUGCCAACUUUGCAAAAGCCAUGCUGAUUGGUGGGUAACCAACAACUACAGGAAACUGAAAUGUCCACCUCAUAUAAUUUUGAAUAUGAACAAAAGUCAUAAAUCAAGCCCCACCUAGGUCGGGGUGAUGUUAUUGUCCCCUCUUACUGUCUAAUUGCCUUCUGGAAUCAUAAUUAUUAUUAUUAUCUGCUAUAUUGCAUAUGGCCACUUAUUCUUUAUGUGGGGGAUAAGAAAGGGUAACAUUACAGAAAUGGCUUAUGACCACUUCAGUACUAUAGAAACAUCGGUAAUAAAGGUAGGUAACUACCUCAUGACAUAAUUAGCUUAUUUUAAAAAUAAUUCUGCUGUAAUGAUUCAGGUUUCAAAUGGUUAAGUGCCUUAUUUUGAGUAUCUACUGAAACUCUAAGAAAGUAGCUUUUCAUCUCUGACAAUUUCAGUAACAGCUGUUUACUGACAACAUUUAUCUUAAUCUUCUUCCAUCAUGGAGCUCAAUGUGUUUUUUCUUGUACAGUUGUGGUAGAAGUGUUUUCAAGUGCUGUGAAUAUUCAAUUAUGCUUGUGAUUUCGCAUGUAGUGGGGAAAGAGGGAUGCCAUGUUUAUGGCUGAUCCAGAACAUAUUCCCAGAAUGCACUGGGCUAGCUGUAGUGUAGUCCAACCCAGGAAUUACAGGAGGAAGACAAGGGGAAAAGCAAGUUCAGGGAACAAGAUUACCAUUUUGCAUCUGCACGUAACUGUUAAGCAGGCAAGCGAGGAAGUGUAAAAUAAGCCUGCGCAUUUAGUCAACAGCCUGAGGAGUUCAGGAUCUCAGACAUUUCCCUGAAUUGUCAGACCUUGACCUGCUUAGCUUCAGCAGGGUGGCUGCACGAGCCCUUAGACCCAGCGGCGGAGGAAACUGCUUGGGCGUCUAGGGUGGCGUGCCCAGGGGUGGGGCAAGUUGCCCAUAGGAGCAGGGUGCACCGCGGGGCCUCCAGAGUCUGCCUGCCUCCUCCCACUCAGUUGCCCUACAGCUGGAGGGGAGGCAGAAGGUGGUCCGUUUGGGCAGUGCGGAGCCUGCGCACGCCCAAGCCACCGUAUCUCUCCCAGAAGAGACGGGUGUGCUGCAGGCCCCGCAGUGAGUGCUGCCCGGCAUUUUGUCACCUCCCUCAGUGGUGACACCCAGGUCAGACCGCACCCACCGCACCCCCCUUCCUCCACCGCCCCUGCUUAGACCAUGUCCUGGGACCUAACAUGUCUUUCUGUGCCUAACAUCAUAGCAGAGCAGCAAACUAUAUAAUAGUCAGUUUCUUGUACCUUUAAUACUUUUUUAGGACGGGGGAAUGUAGCUUGCCAUGUUACAGAGCCGCAGCAGCAUAAGAAGGAGGAGAGAAUACCUUCUGAAACUUCCCCAUGGGAGCUGAAAUGAUUGGAGCAUUGCCAUCAACUGUGGACCCAAAACAGGCAGUACUUAUCUGGCCAGCCAGUUUUUGUGGCUCUGAGAGCAGCGUGGUGUGCGGGAAUCACAGGGCAAGUUUUUAAUGGCAACAAUUAGCAUCAGCUAAUAUCAAGCUGUUGCUGGAAGGCACAGGAAAGAAACUGGUCACAAAGACUUUUCCUGGUGCAAAGUUGACAUUUGGUAGUAAUGAUUGUGGUGGAUUACCAUGGGGAAGUAUAUUUUGGAAAUAAUACAUAUCACCUUCCUACAACAGCUGUAAACCGAACUGGCCAAAUAUUUCUAAAGAAAUAUAUCAACACAUACACAUCCAAGCCUAGAUAUGAAAAAGAAAUGAGCGGAAAUUCAAAUAUAUCCAGAAGAACCAAAGAGAAAUUUACAGUCAAAGUCAUAAAUGCCUUCUUUAUUGAGAUUGCCAAUUUUGUUUCAACAGUUUUUGUAGCUACUUUCACAAGGAAACCUUGUGAAAUAAAUUGUUAUGUAAGAGUGGACAUGUAAGGGUUCAAAAUCCUACUAAAUGUGUUAAACUUCUGGUAAUAUUUCUCCCCUUAUUCUCUUUUUAAUGGAUGUGUGGAUUGGCGGGGGGGGGGGAGUGUUGGGCUGUGAAACUGAUAUAUUCAUUUAUGUAGUUUUCCAGCAGAGGGCAAUAUACUUACACUAUAUGGAUAUAUUGAUCAUUCUAAGGAAAAAUUGCAGAGUCUGUUGUUGUUGUUGUUAUAAAAAGAUACAACAAUAUUAUUUUGGUUCUAUUUUCUGCAACAGAUGGCUAGCUUACUCUCUGCCACCUGAUCUAGAGAUGUAUGAAAUUCCACUCCUGAUAAAUUUUGCCACACUUAUUCAAAUGAUUUAGCUUUCCUGGAAAUUCUUCACAUCAAAGGCAAAAUUUAUUUACCUCAACUGUUAAUUGAAGGCAUGUUUUAAAUGGCAAUAUUGUUCUUUUAACUGAAGGGCUUGUUCAACAGAACAGUCUACUUUCUUACUGAGUACAAACUUGAUGUGUGUGGGGAAUGCCACUGCAACUGGACACAUUCUCAAAGGGAGGACUGAUUUUUAUUUAUUUCAUAUUUUAUGUAUUUCAUACAAUUUAUUUACCACUUGAUUACAGAAAAAGCCACAAAGCAUUUUUUAAUUGCUUUUAAAAAAAGAUUAGCCUUUACAAAACAAAUGAAGGCAAAUUUUCUACUUGUUUAAGGACAGAGAUACAUUCAAAAUAAUAUAGUUUAUGAAUAUAGAAGUUUGUGAACACACUGACCUUAUUUUCUUAAUUGAUAAAUAAUGUGAAAACUGACCACUAAAUUAUGCAAAAUUGCAGUGUGAUAAAUCUUGUACUCUGGUCUAUCUCAGUCAGCAGUCUUGAACACACUUCAAAAGUCCAUUCGAUUUAGGAUUUACGGCUCAGUCAACAUGCUUAGGAUUGCAUUGUAUAUGAGAAGUACAAGCUCCCUUGAUGCACAAAAUAAAGCUUUUAUCCUCCCACACAUUUUAGUAGAUAUGUUGUAUUUUUUUCCAUUGGAAUAGAUGGCCCUCAGGGUCCGUUCCAACUCUACAGUUAUAUGAUUCCAUGAAAUAUUCACCCCAUUUUACUUCUUUUGUUUUAGAUCAUAUGAUAAUAGCAUUUUCCGUUUCUAUGGUCAUUGGACUUGUGAUCGGAGGCGUAAUCUGGGCUUUGCUGGCUUGCCUGUCUAGUCGCAGAGCCAGUGCCCAUAUUUCCCAGUGGAGCACCUCAUCCUCUAGCCGGCGUCCCAGAGCUUCUCGUGGAUCUUCUGCCAGCAGGCCAGGAUUUUAUCGCAACAGCAGCUGCGAACGCCGCAGUAACCUCAGCUUGGCCAGCCUGACCUUCCAAAGGCAAGCUUCCUUGGAGCAGGCCAACUCCUUCCCAAGGAAAUCAAGCUUCCGAGCCUCAACGUUUCAUCCCUUCUUGCAGAGCCCCCCGCUUCCUGUAGAAACGGAAAGUCAGUUGAUUACGUUGGUACCAGCCACCACCACCACCGCCACACUUACUGGCACCACCACCAACAGCCUAUCUCGUCCCGAGUUCCACUGGUCCAAUAAUAGUCUUCGUGUCUCCAACUCAACACAAACACCACCUCCUGCUUACGACUCUAUCAUAAAGGCUUUCCCAGACUCUUGA